AUGCAUUUCGACCCUUCCUCGACGGCGCUGCCCAAGCGCUCGGAACUGCCCUCGAUCCCCGGCGCCCCUGACGGAGCAGCCUGGUUCUGGGGAAAAGAUGACGAGCUCGGACGACUCAAUCUCCUGACGCCCGAGCGCGUCUCCAAAGCUGCAGGGCUGAUCAAAAGUGGCGAGGUUGUCAAUCUCAAUUGGCGAGUCGACUAUCCCAGCCCUCCUGCCUUUGGAAGACAGAAGUUCAAGCACACCAUUUCGCCCUUGGGCGACACCGGGUUCGACGACCUGUACGACAUGAACACGCAGAGUGGAUCGCAAUGGGACGGGUUCCGACAUGUAAGGCUUGCCCCUGGCUCGAUUAUAGCCGGGAUAUUAGGUGUCGCCCGACAGCUCACCAAGGACGAAAUAUACAAGACCGCCCGGUGCGGGAUACAGGCGUGGGCACAACACGGAAUAGCCGGCCGCGGCGUCCUGCUCGACUACUACGGCUACUGCGGCGCGACCUACGACCCCCUCUCCACUCACCGAAUCCCGCUCACGGAGCUGCAAGCCUGCGCGGCGUCUCAAAACGUCACCUUCCAACCGGGCGACAUCCUGCUCGUGCGCUCGGGCUUCGUGACCAAGUACAACAGCCUCUCCGACUCCGAACGGGCCAAGCUCGGCACGCAGAGUUUCGCCGAGCACGCGUUCGCGGGCGUCGAGGCCACCGAGGGGAUGCUGGAUUUCCUGCACGACAACUAUUUCGCCGCCGUCGUCGGCGACGCCCCGGCCUUCGAGGCCUGGCCCAUGCCCCCGACCUUCUCGCUGCACCAGUACCUCCUCCCGCGCUGGGGCGUGCCCAUCGGCGAGAUGUGGGAUCUCGACCGGCUCGCCGACGUGUGCAAGAAGAAGGGCCAGUACGCUUUCUUCCUCUCGAGUGUUCCCGCGAAUGUGCCUGGUGAGUUCCUUUUGGAUAAUAUCCUGAUAUCCCGAUCAUAA